CGCACGAGCCUCAGGGGGUCGAUUUGUUCGGUUCGGUUUUUUCUCUUUUUUGUGUUUUAAUUUUUCCUUAUUCUUCUCGCCGGUUUUGUGUGUUGUGUGUGUCUGUGACUGCGGACUCCUACUCCUCCUCUGCCCGGAUGCCGUCGCGUCCCCACACCGCCCCCGCCGCCCCCGUCCGACGCCGCGCCACCACGUGAUCAUGCCGCGCUGCCUCAUGGCCAAGAAGUGGAAAUCGUACCCUUGGCCGACGGGAGAACACCAAGGACCGGAUGAAGACGAGGAAGAGAUCGACGUGGUCGGGGACGCCGCGGGCCCCGCUCCUUGCUGGGGACCCUCCAGCCCCACCGCCGCCGCCACGGCCCCCAGUCCGCCCCCGCCCCCGCAGUCGCCCCUGGCCUCCGACACCGGCCGUGUGUCUGUCCUCUACAGCGGCUAUGACUUAUCCCACUACUCUGCUUUCCUGCCUCGUGAGCCUUCAGCCACUCCACCAUCGUACGCCACCCUCCAGACACCAUCAGAACUCCGCCAUCCUCCCAGGCAGAAGUCGCUGGCUAUGUGCUUCACGAGCACGGGAGCGGCCCUCUCUCUACCUCCCAAAAAGAAGGACAUUUACAGACCGUACUCCUUGGAUGACCGGCCUUCGAUACCAUGGCGGCCGGCCGAGGAGGACCUCUCGGCGGCUCACGCUAUCCUGGACCUCAGCGCAUCUACACCUGCACCGAUCCCUGCCGUCCAGCGGGAGAACAAAUCUAAUACAGGGAAGACCGUCGCUUACACCUACGAGGCCUUCUUCAUAAGUGACGGUAGAUCUAAAAGGAAAUCCAUGGGUGCACUGAUAGAAGAAGAUUCCAGGCCGAAGUACACGUGUUCGGAGUGCGGUAAACAAUACGCCACCUCAUCAAACCUGUCGAGGCAUAAGCAGACACACCGCAGCCUGGAUUCUCAGUCGGCCAAAAAGUGCAUGACUUGCGGCAAGGCGUACGUCAGCAUGCCGGCUCUCGCGAUGCACCUGCUGACGCACAAGCUGACGCAUGGCUGCAGCAUAUGCGGCAAACUGUUCUCGCGACCUUGGCUGCUGCAAGGACACCUUCGCUCACACACGGGAGAGAAGCCCUACGGGUGCGCUCACUGCGGCAAGAGCUUCGCCGACCGUUCCAACCUGCGCGCGCACAUGCAGACGCACUCGCUCGACAAGAACUUCGAGUGUACGCGAUGUCACAAGUCCUUCGCCCUCAAGUCCUACCUCAACAAACACCUCGAGUCAGCCUGCCUGGGGGAGAGCGAUGUUCUAGUGAGUCCAUCCAGAAGUCCCGGUUACCCCCCAUCCAUCUAGCCUUAUGAUGGUGGGUAGGAGUCCCCUUCUACUCCUUGGAUAUCUUCACUAUCGUCUUGCAACGAUUCUGUCUCUACGUAAUUUACGUUUAGUUUUUAUUAUUGUUGAAGACCGUAGUUUUAUUUUCAUUCUAGUCAAUGGUUCUAGUCAAAUCGUUCAAUACAGGGAUGAUCCAAGAGGAAAGGGAUUCUUUGGCCGAAGACGCCCCUACCUUGCCUCACGUAGCCUUAGUAUAGACGCUGUGCACCGUCCACUUUUCGUGUCUAGUCAGAUUAUAUCUAAGUCAUAGUUUAAACAAGAAAUCAAAAGAGCGCUAUAGAUUUGUAUUUAAAGUAUUGUUAUAAAGUCGUGUGUAUUAUUUCUGGCUCAGUGUGUAUAUUCCUAGUUAAGCUAUCGUCUUAUAGUUGCUCUGAUAGCAGUUUUCUGUCUUAGGCCCCUGAAGUUUUUAGAGCUUUUCAUACAACAGAUAUGUAUUGUUUGAUAAAGGGUUUUGCAUAUAAUUUUUCUUUUUCUCGUGUUCUGAACUGAACAACGCGUUUCUAAACAACGAAGUAUUUAUCAAAGAAUGCAACGAUUGUCUACUAGUCAAUGUUUUAUAUUUAUUCUAUCGUUAGAUUUGUAAUAUUGUUGUAUAUAGUGCACUUAUCAUAAGGUUUUCAUGGGUAUAUAAGCUGUUACGAGUUGUUUUGUUCGAGUUAAAGGUAACAUUUCUUGGAAAUUGCCGUGUCGCCAAAGAUCUCACCCGUAGAGUAGGGCACUCCACAUUUAGUUGCCGUUUAGGUGUUAGAGUAGUCUUCGAUGUCGGAUUAUACAGUUCAUUUGCAGACCAUGCUUGUCAUUUCAUACAUUCAUUAAAAACUAAAGUAGAAUCCAUGUAAUAAAAUAUUUCAAUGAUUGUAGUAACAUUAAAAAAUUAAAGUAUUUAAAGUUUACUCUGAAAAAUAAUAAACAUAUUGCAAAUCUAAAACGGUAUACAUGAUAAAGUAGUAUUGCACAUUAAUUUACUAAAAAUUAUAAUAUAAAAUAAAAUUUUAAAGUUCGUAUUUUUUUACUCCUGGAUUUUAUGAGUGUAUAUUUUUCAAGUGGGCCUAUUAAUUGUUCUUUACAAAAUUUUACAAAUUUUCAGUUUACAUAUUAUAUCAUAACAGGCAUGGUAGAAUAUAUAUGUUUAAUUUGGCUGUGUAAGCCUACAUACUCAGCUAGAAUUCAAAGGCUGCGGCUUCAAUGUACCCAGUCAGGUCAGCUAGUAAUCCAAAGAUUGUUAAUAUAUUUGUAUUUAUUGUAAAAUACCAAAACCAUUGUUACUAAGUCUCUUCUUCAUGAUAUUUUUAAAAGACUAUGUUUUUUACAGCAACCGUACAUAAACAUUCCAAAUAAUAUAGAUGUAUUCUAGUCCGAGCUUAAUGAAGUGGCUAGUCAUGCAGUAUUCUUACAUUUAAUGCGUGUACAUAUUAUAUAAGUAAGCUUUUCUGUAAGAUAGCAUGUGGCGGGGGUGGAAUUAGUGCAAUAACAUGUAGUUAGAGUGUAUGCUUCAGUUUUGUUACGUUAAUUUAAGAGAAUUUAACUGGUUUUUGUGAUUCGCUCUAUAAUUUGAUAAAUUAUUGAUGUGGAAAUAUCCUGAUAAUGUGUGUAAUAAUACACAGAACAAGUUUUACUGUUUUAUUACAUUUGAUCUAUGAUUGAUUGAUAAAAUUUAUGAUUAUGAUUGAACUUAACUCGGUACGUAUUAUUAAGGUACCAUAUAUUAUUAACAACACGUCACAUGUUCUUUAUUUAGUACAGAAGAAUAUUAAGGUGCUUCAAUGCCAUAUACAUAAUAACUUGACUAACGAGUUGCUUUACAUUUUUAACUUUCUACUCUGCUUUUGUCUAUCUAUCUCUUUUACCUUCUCUUUUACCUAUUGCGUAAACUUAUGCGUGUAAGUACUUUCAUCUCUUCUGUUUCAGUACUGUUUACUUUUUCUUCCUUUUUUCUCUAUCUCUAUGUCGCUUUGAAUGUGAACUUGUCUCUCCUGUCACUUUGCACAUCUCUUCUCUAGAACUAUACACAGGUUUGACCACACAACUUACUUCUCAGUGUCGUAGCUCUUUUCUAUCGCUUCUUACGUUCUUGAUGUUAUAGUAUUAAAUCCUACUACUUCCAUUCUAUCAUGCUUAUGAAGCUUUCUCUUCUGUGUGUUGUGUAACUCUAUCUUCUUCUAGUAUUUAUUUCCUUUUUUCUUAUACUCUCACUUUUAAAAAAUCUCUUCCAAUAAUUGUUGUUAUGUUUUAAAGUAUUUGAUAAAAAAUGAUACCUAAUAUGAAUUUGUAUCUCACUUUAGAUCUUCUAUCACGUUUCUGUAUUAUGUUUUCAUUUUAAAGCUGUUGCUAUUUUACACUGCGAUGUUUGUUAACAAUCAACUGGCAUUUCACACUGCUCGCGUCUACUGCAAGGGGGGGGGGUCACCCAAGGGAGAAAGCCUAAGUAGCAGUAUGGGCUACGGGGACAGCGCGAGGCGAGGGGCACGCAGGGUCGUAUAUUGGUUUUAGGGGAGGUCGCCCGUGUUUGCUCUGCAACGUCGGCAAACAAACAGCGCUCACAGCCCAGAUGCCGUUUGUUGCCCCGUGUUUGGUAGUGGCUUAGAGUGCUAAUUGUGAGUCAAUAGAGGAGGACGUUGCCACCAUCAUUAGAGCUGCUGAAUAAUCUAUUAAGCCUGUUAUAAUCGGAACCACACAUGUUACAAAACACACAAAAUUGGAUAUAUGUUUUACUGGACGGUUAUAAAGUAUUUCUUUAACGUAAAGAAUUCCAUAUAAUGGAAAUAAUCUACCACGUGAAACACACAAAAGCUCGAAGAACCGUGUAUUAUGUAGGAUUGCCGAGCAUUACCAUAUGAAAGAAGAACACCAGUGAUGUCUAGCAAGGAGGCGAGCCGGCAGUUCAUUGUACGAAUGUAAAUGUCCCUGACUGUUCACCGGCAAGAGGUAGGGCGAUAUUUUAGCAGAAUCGCAUGCGGAGGUAGGCUAUAUAUCGAGUAUGCGAGGUAGAAAGUGCGGAGGUUUUAAAUCCUCGACAAUCCAGUAAUGGGUUUUAAUUCCGGUAAUAGUUAAAAACUCCAUCUCUCAUUCGAACGACAAUGAAACUCCCUCCCCCUUCCUGCUCUCCCAACUCCCUACCCCCUACCACCCGAACUGCUCCUGGGGGAACUAACCCCUGCCAAACAAAACAAUGUCAUUCCAGGACCGGGGAUUCAGAUCAUUUAGGACAUAGCGAUGUGCGAGUGCUAUUCCACAGCCACAACAAUACAGCUGCUCUCGUUUGCAUAUAUAAACAACAGGCUUGCAUUCGUAGGACUUGAAUACAAAUUUGUAACAGGCGAAAAUAUCAUGAAGCAAUCUUUUUUUAAAAAUCUCAUCCUUAAAACGUCGUGUUAUAUUAAUGUCCUUUAUUAGUUCUUAUAGCAGUAUUUGUAAGGAAUACACCUUUCUAACCAUUAAUGUUUCUUACCACUCUUUACAUAUACUGUACUUGAUGUAUGUUUUUUCUGAUCUCUUCUUUCUUUUCCUCUAUCUCUAAUCUUCCUCUUUUUCUUAUCUCUCCUAUCAUUAUGUUAUGCAUUAUGUAGUGCAUUUCAUUUAACUAAAACGUUUUAACUGUUACUAUUCUAUUUCUGUCCAACUACUAGAUCCUUGCUUGCUACUAUAAUACAUGUACCGUAGCACAUAUCUUGCCUAUAUUUUAAAAUAUUCCUUCUCUUAAAAUCUGUAUCUUUCUUCUCUACUCUUCAGUGUCUAGUAUGUGUAUUGUAAUUGUGUGUCUUGUAAUUCUUCUCUUUAUAUUCUUACCUGCCAUUUACUUUUUUCUCCUUUCUUGUUCUAUCCAUUACUAUUUCUUACAAGUAUACACAUUGGCAUGUUACUUCAGUAGUUUAUUGUUACAAUCUUUUUCAAUUUGCUCUUAAUCUGAUCCACCAGGUCUAAUACUCCAGAUAUUCUUCUGUUCAACGAACUGUUCAAUGAACUGAUAAUUUUUGAGCGAAUCACAAAUCAUAACGAGUGGAGUCUAGUCAAUGAUACAUUCCAGUACUUAAAUAGCGAUAAGAAGCAAUAGGUAUUAAGGAGUUUAUAUAGCCGUGUAUAAAUAGUGGGCCUAUACUGUAAUAUAGAGCAAUAAACUGAGGCAGAAGUCACAUUCUGAUGUAAACAUCGAGUAUGCAAUAUUGUAGUUUAUAUGCGUUUUAUUUAACGAUAAAACGUAUUGUUAGGUUGAGGUGAAUAAUAGAAUCUAGGUUGAUUGUUUCACAUAUACAAAGGAACAGUGUUAUAAUUAUUAUAGUUUCCAACUUUCAAUAGUACGCUAGUUUUACAUGUCGUAGAUGACAGUUUGGCAUUUACGUUUUUAAUUAUUUUUCAAGGGAAUAUUGAAAACUAUUUGUACUAUACUUGCAAUGAAUAUUUAUUUGGGUAGCCGAAACAGUUUUUCUUCGAUUAUAGUAAUCAAAAUCCUAAGUAAGAAAUGAAUUAUAAAGCGAUAAGUAAAGUGUGCAUUAAUCACAAAAAGUACAAGUGUGAGUGUGACAAACAAUUGAAAACAUCAGGACAGUAUUAAUUUGAUUCACAACAAAAUAAUUUACAAAAACACAAAUAACAUUGUUCCAAGAGAGUCAGCACGUAGUGAAUGGUCGCGUAGUUGUGUGUUAGUGUGAGAAUUUGUUUUGUUACUAGUUUUUGUAAAUUUGUAUUUUGUAAAUUCAUUAUUGGCGAUAACGCGAGGUAAGAAAACUUUGAGAACGAAAACAUAAAUGUUUCAUGUUGUAGUUUGUAGGUUUAUAUGAAGUUUACAGUAAAUCUUUUUACAAUAAUUUCAAUAACUCAUUACUCAAAAUGAAUAUUGGUAUUGAUAACAAUGAUUUAGUCAACCAACUCAGUGAAUAACCUUCUGCGAAGGUCAAUUUAUCUAUAGAUAAAAAAGUACUAUUUAACACGAAUAGAGGUUCAAAAAGCCUAGUCAGAUCUGUUUGUAUAUCUUUAAUCAUAUAUAUAUUGAAAUGUUCUAAUAUUAUAUAAGAUGUAAUACAACGAAGUUCCUUAUAUUUAUUUAAUAUAAUUUACUAUUUCUUAAAUGACACAUUAGAUAAUUAUAUACUUAAUAUAAAUGUUUGUUUUAGUAUAGUUUCGUACAAAUUUUGAAAGUACAGUAUUAGUGAUUUAUGAAUAAUUUUUACCAAUAGAAAAAUGUCCUUGCAACAAUUUUCACCAACAAUGUUUUGCCAUUUUUGACGAGAUAAGCAAUACUUGUAAGCAAUCGUGUAUUUCAAGUGUUCAUACAAAAGCAAUAUAUUUGUGGAGGUUCUUGUUCGAUAAGUGAUUUUAUCUCGUAUAUUAUAGCCUCGUAUUCACAAGCAAUAAUAUUGUAGGAGGGGAAACCCGAUGUUAUAGCAAUACUAUAUAUGCAGUAGGUUAAGGUUUACCUGUACAACUUAGAUAUAUUGUAUCAUCAUCCAUUAUUACCUUUCCAUUUGGAUUAAUGAGACUAACGGAGUAGAAAUGGAGAAACUUUGGCCCAGUCGCUUAACUUGUCCGGGUGUGACGUCAGAGCUAUGACGUCAAGAACCGGGGUUUGCGACGCGGACCAAUCUGAUCAUUGGGUUAAAGUGUCUACAUAUCUAACUAACAAUAUGUAUCAUACUGCUUUCUGUAACCAAAUAACUUUGACCUCAUUGACAUUUCAACCAUUUCAUUACAUUUAAAAAGAAUUUUCCAAUAAAAAGCACAAUGUGAUAGUAAGUCUCCUUAAUUCAACGGCGAAUGUAGCAGUAGAGUUUGCUCAAGUUUGGGUUUUCACGAUUGUAGGUUGCAUCACCUCAUCCUCACUUCCACCUAUCAUUUUAAAAAUAGUGAUCGAAUUUUGUAUUAUAUUAUUAUAUUUUCGUAAUAAAUAGAUUGUAAAAUGUGA